UCGCUGAGGGGGGACUCAGUGAGAGCCACUGCUCAGAGGCUGCCUCUCACAGGAAGGAUGCAGACGGGGAGAGAGGAGAUUUCACUACAGUUAAUGAAGGAGCACUCCGCACGUGCCUACAGAUGCGAGGGGGCAAAUGAAUUCGGUGUCAAUGGGAGGAGUGAUAUUUCAAAGGUGGAACUGAAAGAGCUGUAAAUCUGUUUUCCUGUGACUCUGACUUGACGGUCAUUUCGGAAUCACUGGACUGUUGCUAUCAAAGUGCCGGAGCAGGGGGAGACGGAGUCAGUGGAGUUCCUUCCUCCAGCCAAAAUUCAGAGUUAUUGGAUUGGAUCAGCAUGAGCGGCACUAUGGAUGGAUUUGUGUCAUUCUGCUGAGAUAUUUAUAUACUCUUAGUUGGCUUGCUCAGCAGAUGUGUCCUGUCAUGUCCUGGCUGCUCUGCCUGGGCCUGUGGGUCAGUGUGACUGCCAUCCAGCUGUGUCAGGCCACGUUCUACGACACCAUCCAACAGCAUCAUGGGACGCGGCCCGGACGAACCACCAUCCACAUGAUCGAGGGCGGCACAUGUGAAGUAAUUGCUGCUCACAGAUGCUGCAACAAGAAUCGUAUCGAGGAGCGGUCACAGACGGUCAAGUGUUCCUGCCUGCCAGGGAAGGUGGCUGGAACCACCAGGAACAGACCUUCAUGUGUGGACGCAUCCAUAGUAAUUGGGAAGUGGUGGUGUGAGAUGGAGCCUUGCCUGGAGGGGGAGGAAUGCAAGACGCUCCCCGACAACUCGGGCUGGAUGUGCUACGCCGGCAACAAGAUCAAAACCACGAGGAACACUCAGCCAUACACAACAUCAACAUAUUAACACGUUUGGGAGAGAGGAUGCGGGGAAAUGCCUCUGGUGCAAGGGUUAAUUUGCAGGACCAAUUACCACAAAGACAAUGAACUUAUUGUUGCUUUGAGAAAUGUGAACACUUCUCAGAUUCAAGUGUAAAAAAAAGAUGUAGAGUACGUCGAGCACAUCCUGCUCCAGGCUCCUGAAAAAAACGACGCUCCGAGCCGCCUGCGGGGAACUUCAUCAUAACCUUGUAAUGAGUAUAGUUUCAUCAUUUCUUUAUAACUGUGAGUUGGAACAUGAAUGUCUGCACUUGGAUUAAUGUCUGGACGCCAGCUGACGCCCCCCCCUGUUCACACAUCACGUGACAGAGAUGGGAGGCGACCAACAGGAGAGAGGUAUUCGUCAGAGGACACACGGGGACGAGCAGGAACACUAGUCGACAGCCCUCAGGAUUUUCUUUUUUUCAAUAUUCUAAGAGGAAAAGUUAUUGUACAUACGUUGUUUGUCAUUUCCUGUCGUUACACAACAACUCGAUUCGUGGUGGUGGUGAAUUAUCGUUCAUCCAAGUCCCUGAAUGCACUGUCCAUCGCCCCUCCUCUGACCCACGAGAACACGACGCAGCCGGAACUUCAGACGAGUUCUCGGGCACGCGACGUGAAGACGGAACAGAUGCAUUGUGGGGGAGGUGUUUUACAAAUUAAAGCUUAUGUGUCUUGAUACUGUACAUUUUGCCACUUGUUUGUAUGGUGCUGGUUUUCUUCUCUUUUAAUGACACUUGCCGGUCGUUAACAUGUCAGCUGCCCUGAGACGGAUUAAAUCACCAAAAAUGUGAAACCACUUGGUUGUUUUUCGAUACUUGAAAUGCCUUAUUCGUGUCAGAUCAUUGUACAUAUGAAGCUGUUGAGUGAUAUGUGCCGAAAUGUCAUUAAAGUCAUUGAUCCUGUAGCUGACGUGACUGCAGCUGUACCGUUGCCCUCACCGGUGUCAUGUAUCAGCAUCACAGAUCUGUACCGGGGAGCUAGAGUAACCGAAGCACUUCUUCAAACUAAGAUUUUGGCAAUUAUGAAAAUAAGCUCAUGUGCUUUCUCGUUAGAUCUGGAAAUGUAUGGAGCUAGAUGAUGGUUAUCUUAGCUUAGCAUAAAGAU